AUGCAUCUCUAUAGUGCAUUUGCGCAUCAUUCACUUGCACACUUGCAUCAUUCACUUGCACACGUGCAUCAUUCACUUGCACACUUGCAUCAUUCACUUGCACACUUGCAUCAUUCACUUGCACACUUGCAUCAUUCACUUGCACACUUGCAUCAUUCACUUGCACACUUGCAUCAUUCACUUGCACGUCCACUCAUGCAUUUGCGCACGUGCACCAUUCACUUGCGCACGUGCAUCAUUUCGUUUGCUCGUUUUCAUUUUGGUAACAAAGACAGUGAAGUAAUGAUGGUUGGUAGUGAGUGGUUGAUAAGUGUAACAUAG